UUUUGGCAGAAAAGCUUCCUCUCCACUCUUCUUUUUUCAUGAAAGUUGAGGUUUUAAAAGGGCUUUAGCACUUUCCCCCCUUCUGCUAUUCACUACCCAACUUUCUCUCUCUCUCUCUCUGUGUUGUUAUAGCCAUGUUUGAUACCACAAUGGAGUUGAUCACUCAGGCCACUUCCAAUUCUCUCUUCAUCUUCUGUUUCUGCAAUUUGAUCAUAGCCAUCCUUCUGAUUGGGAGCUUGAAGCCCAGCUCAUAUUCUGAUCAGGGGAGUGCUAUUCCCUUCUCAGUGGUCACCAAUGUGGAUAAGAGUGAUAAAGAGACAGCAAAUGCAGAGGACUUGUUCAAGGAGAGCAGAGUCUUGAUGGAUGCCAGUGAAGUCUCUGAUGCUGAGAAAGGAGUGGUAGUGGAUGAUAACAAAGAAGAUGACAGUGAAGACAGCAGUCAAGAGGAAGAAGAAGAAGAAGAUGAUGAUGAGCUGAGGAGAAGAGCCGAAGAAUUCAUUGAAAAGAUCAACAGAGGAUGGAGAGCAGAAAUGUUGAGGACAGCUUCUUUAGCCGGAACAGAAAAUUUGCAGACAAGACCCAGAAAAAUUCAUGCAGUGUGAACUUUAGUUGCCUUUUUUCUUUUUCCUUUUUUUUUUCUCUCUAGUGACCAUGCCUGCGAUUUCAUUGUAUAUACAGAUUUGGAGACAGCACUGAAAAUAAAUUUUGGAUGAAGGGAUGAUCUGAGUCUAAAAUUGAGAGAAUCAAUGUGUGUGUUCCAUUCUCUUCAAACAUAAAGGCUUUGAGUAUUUAUAUUUGAACACUAGAGAGAUUUCCUCUUU